AUGAAUCGAAGUGCAGCGCUGCGAAUCAGAGAGAUAAAGAAAAAGAGGGAGCGCCUCCUGAAAGCGGGAGUGAAGGUCGAAGAAAAUAUUUCAAAACGCGAGGGAGGGAAGGGGAAAAUGCUGAAAGAGUUGGAGGGAAAAUGGGGUUUUGAGUGA